AUGCCUGACUUCCUUGAUCCCCUAUCCAGUCCUUCUCCUCCUCAAGAGCAGGCCAAGAUGCCGGACCAACAGGACAAGCCCACGCCUCCAAAGCUCCCCUCUCCUCCUGCACGUCAACACGAGAACUGGUCCAUCACCACACAGGCCACAGCCAAGUGUGACUUUUGCAACAACAAGAAGGCCAUUCUUCAGACCUGUGGAGAUUGCCACAUCAACAUCUGCAAGCAGUGCGUCGCUGACAACAAGCUGGAAGACGACCCCAAGCAUGAAUGGGACUGCAACACAUACUUUGGACUAUUGUAUUGCCCGCAUCCACUCUGGAAACAAGAGAAAGUCAGCCAGUCGUCGUUCACGCCACCACCAGGCGGACCACCAUUGUCACCGCCCUUGCAACAGCUGUCUUCUUAUCCUGGUCAGGAUCAGAUCUAUGUUCCCAAUGCCAGUGAUGUGAUGGAUCAGAGCCAGCUUGGUCUCGAUCAUGCUAAUAUGCCGCCACCUCCUCCUGGUGUUUAUGGCAGUGGUUCUGUUGCCUGUCAAAACCAACCUCUAAGUCUCAACAAACUGUAUGGGCAGUACUCGCCUAUGUAUCAAACCCACUUUGGUCAGAUGCAGACAGCCCUGCAGGGUUCCUACGCUCAAAACUUGACCCUUUCAUGUCAGAAUCAUAAUGGAUCCCAGGCCCUGAUGUCGAAUCAGCUCAACAAUAACUACACCCAGACACCCUACGGCUUCCCAGCUGCCCAGGAGUCCACUUUUCCUCCCCCCAGUCAGACCAUUACGGACUAUGAAGCAGCCAGAAUCCUGAUGUCCAUGAGCCAUGGCGACAAUGAGGCUACCCAAGGCACACGCCCUGCUGGACGGGUCCCCUUGAGUAUUUCACCUUCCCAAGCGCAUGUUGCUGCCGCCUCUUCAUUGCCGCCAGCACGCCUGCCCGUACAGGGACUUGGGUAUCGAACUCCUGCCGCCCAGCAGGGUCCGAACAUCUACCAGCGUCGUGCGCAGACUCAGUACACCUACUGGCGACCUUAUCAGCCUCGGUACAGCCGCCACCAGCCAACCUCUCUUCCGGCCCAGCAGGUUUUUCGUCCAUCUCCUCAGUCUCGGCACGUCUACCAGCCAACUGCUCAGCCUUCGGGCGGCGUCUCCUCGCCUCAGAAUCUUGAAGAAGGUCAAGCUCCAUGGCCUCAUGGGACAUUUCCCAUGUCUCAGCGCCAGUCCCGUUUUAACUCGACAUCUGAUGGUUUCCCCCCUCCCCCUCCUCGGCGUAUCCAGCGUGUCCAGUCUGUCGAUGACGAAACAGACAACGAUACUGCCAACGGUGCUCCUGGCCCAAGCCGUGGAGUCAAGCGUAUCGCAACCAGCGAUUCCAGUGGUCUCGCGAACAUAGACGACAUGAGCCCCCCCGCCACAAAGCGACGCGACGCAGUGACCAGCGCCAUCACUGAUACUACUACUUCUUAUUCUUUCCCUUCUUCUACAGCUGCUGAAGCUGCUCCCAUGCCAGCCAGCCCAUCCUCUCUCAGCCCCAUCAGCCCCUGCACGCUCAAAGAAAACAACGGACAGAAGCAAAAGGACAACAACAACGAGAAGCAGAAGAAGGUGACAACGAUGACCAAGAAGCAGCAGAAACAGAAGCAGCAGCAGCAGCAGCAGCAGCAGCAGCAGCAGCAGCAGCAGCAGCCGCAGCCGCAGCGCAGCGUCGACGACGACGGACCCCCUCCCUACAACCGCUUCUUUCACGGCAUGCACCAACACCUCCCCAGCUCCACCAGCCAGCACGACGCCAACGGCCAGCCCUUCCGCAACCCCUGGCGCGACCUGGCCACCUGGGUCGUGGCCCGCUACGGCUCGCCCGUCGACGUGCCCGAGGGCGCCCAGCACACCCCGUUCGGCGAGCGGUUCGCCAUCGCCUGGGACCGACUGCGGCGCGCGUGCAUGAGCGGCGCCGAGGACCAGGGCGGCCGUGUCCACCGCUUCUACCGUGAUGUCGUUGGCGCGCGCGUCGAAGGCCAGCUCAGGGCGGCCGCGCGUGAUGUGAAGGGUGAGGACCUCGUGAGGGAGGAGGAGAUAAUACUCUGA